UUUUUGACAUAUACGGCUAAAAUUAAAUGAAAAUCAAUGAUCAUAAUCUGCAUUCAAACUGAAAUUCUUAUUGUUGGUUGCCUUUGUGUAAUUUCUCCUUUUUCUUUUCUUUUCUUUCCAGGUCAUCCUGUUCAGUGUCAGGCUAAGAGUGAGGAGAAAUAGAUUAGGUAGAUGACUAGUUAACAUGCAUCCACAAUGUUCAACUGUAAAUUCGUUGGCUGUGAGCAUGUGUCUGAGAAUGUGUGUAACUAUGUUUAGUACACAAAACUGCAUAGCAAUGCCCCCAAUUAUCACUACCAGUGUGGGGUGCCUGACUGCUCACGGAGGUACAGAAAACACACGGGACUGCAAAUUCAUAUGUAUAGGCAGCAUAGGUCCUACCUGCAGGCUGCUGGGCCUAUACUGCCUGACACAUCAGCUCUACCACCCUUGAAAUGCUUGAGGCUUGUGCAUUUAAGUGUGACACUUUGGCCUCUCUUAUUAAACAUUUGAAGACGCACAUAAGGGGAGGAAUGGUAACUAGAUGUCCAUUUAGAGGUUGUGAUUGCACGUUCACACACGUGAUGACUUUUGCUUCACAUAUUUCCAGAAAACAUAGAUGUGCAUCAUGUGCAGUAUUCAGAGGCUGCCGAGGAACACGCAGCACCUGAAAAUAGUCCCCGUUGCAUUCUACGGGGACUAUUUUCACGUGCUGCCUAAUAUCACUGCGCCCAUGGUACGUUUGCAACGUUCCUUGAUUAUUACGCCAGAAUGAGAGUAUAGUUCCAUGUCACAUCAGCCUAGAAAAUUGCCAUGUUUCAUUUUCCGCUAGUUUUAUUGCACGUUCUAACUUGAGAAGAGACAACUUUUAAAUAGGAAAAAUUCCGGAAAUCUUAGUCAUUUUGAGGGUGAGAUGCUAAUGGUCUAAUCCGAUCCAAUGAUCUAUGCUAGACUGGAGCUAUACGUGGUAUUGCUUAAUUCCCCAAAUGGUGGAAUAUCCCUUUAAUUAGUUUGAUAAAAUACACCUGUGUUUACAAAACUAUUACACUGUAACAUAACUUCUGUGGGAUGGGUCUAUUUAAACAGUCACAACAGGGAAUCGAACUGCUGACCCUUCAGUCAUGAGACGACUUGCUCCAACUUCUGAGCUACAACCGUCCCCAAUAGUAUUGUUACCCUGUGAUGCCCACUCCUAGGUGUGUCAAGUGGGGCCCAGCAGAUUGGCCAGAGGGGGAGACCGAGGCAACGUUGGAGAAUAUGAAGAGGGAUCUGCUGAACAUCUACUCAGAGGAAGGAAUGAGUGGGGCAGGGAGAGCAGAACCAAUGAUGGAAAAGACAUACGUCAUCCUGCGGAAAUACCUUAACAAAGUGCCUGCUGCAGCGAUGUCUGAGAUCAAACAGGAAUGGCCAUUUCUCUUCUCUCAGAAAUGCCUAUCCUCACACUUUGGCCUCCUGACGGACGUCGAUGUCCUUCAGAAGCUACAGGAGGCAAUUAGUCGACGAGGACAGACCAUCCUGGAUUACUGUGCAACACUGGACAACCCCAAGAUCUGUGAUGUUCUGGCCUGCUAUGAUCCAGACUCUGACAAGGCUGCCUGCAUCCUGCUGCUCCUAAUGUUGUACUUCAAAGAGCCGAAAGAGAGUUUGAUGCUUGCAGUUGAUCCAUGUGCCACUGCUGUGGACGUCAAUACUGCAGAACUCCCCAGCACCCCCUGCUUGAUCAUUCAAGGUGACAUGAUGAAGCCCUCUGGAUGCUUAGAGGGACAUGUCGUGAUGGGCCCCACCCUUUUUUUACACGGAGUAGCUGCUUUCUUCAGCAGCUAUUACGUCUUCAACCUUGAGUAUCCUGCCUCUGGAUCGUCGACGCUGGAGUUCAUUCAAAGGUGCUUCCUGGGCAUCAAUCCUGAAAGAGGCUCAAAGACCAAGAAGCGGACAACAUUGAACCCUCAUGUGAGCACCCUUUUGAGGAAACUUAUUGACUUUGAGUGGGCAUCAUAAUUUUUGUUUUUUGCAGCGGUAGUUGUCAGGCUCAGUUUUGAGUAGCCUUGUUCUUUUUGUAAUUUUUCAAGACAACUUUGCACUACAAGAUUUUUACACAAUGCUGUUGCAUGUGGACUCAUUAUAAUGUUUGAGACUGAGAGGAGCGCCUCACCCCUUUAAGACAUUCCUUCAUCGCUCUCUCCCUUGCUCUCUUAUAUUGCCAUGAAGGCCUCAUUCCCAUCCUGUCCAUUACUGUUAUUGUGACACAGCUAGUUGAAUAGUUGAAUUGCAAGUUUGCACAAUUUCUCUGCAUUUUCUGCAUUUUAAGAUGGCUUUUAUGACUAGAAAGUUGAAUUUCUUGAACUCUUGAAGUUCUUGGCAUCUGCUGCACAUUGAAAAAUAUUUAUUUGUUAAUAAAUAUGCCAUUGGGCUAACAUUGAA